AUGCUGAGGAAUAGUUUCGGUAAUGGUUCAGACUCUAAAAGUGAGGACGGCUCUGUCUUUUCGCGGAUGGAACACAGCAUUGUGGCAGCGUGGCUCCUUCUGGCAGGUCUGAUAAGUAUUCUCAGCAACAUAAUCGUCCUGGGCAUCUUUGUUAAGUACAAGGAACUUCGGACACCCACGAAUGCAAUUAUCAUGAACCUGGCUUUGACGGACAUAGGGGUCAGUAGCAUUGGUUACCCCAUGUCUGCUGCUUCAUAUCUGCAUGGAAGUUGGAAAUUUGGAUAUCCGGGCUGUCAGGUUUAUGCUGGGUUGAACAUCUUUUUUGGAAUGGCAAGCAUUGGGCUGCUCACGGUCAUAGCUGUGGAUCGCUACCUGACCAUCUGCCGACCUGACAUAGGAAGAAGACUGACCUCUACCAGUUACGUCAGCAUGAUUCUGGGGGCCUGGAUCAAUGGCCUGUUUUGGGCUUUGAUGCCCAUCGUAGGAUGGGCUAGUUAUGCCCCAGAUCCUACCGGAGCUACCUGUACCAUAAACUGGAGGAAAAACGAUGUGUCUUUUGUGUCUUACACGAUGACAGUGAUUGCUGUAAAUUUCACUGGGCCCUUGGCGGUGAUGUUCUACUGCUACUUUCAUGUCACUUGGUCCAUUAAACAUCAUGCGACUGGUAACUGCCCCACGUUUCCCAACAGAGACUGGUCAGAUCAGGUGGAUGUAACAAAGAUGUCCGUGGUAAUGAUCCUGAUGUUUCUGGUGGCCUGGUCCCCUUAUUCCAUCGUGUGCUUAUGGGCUUCUUUUGGUGACCCGAAGAAGAUUCCCCCCUCCAUGGCCAUCAUAGCCCCACUGUUUGCAAAAUCUUCCACAUUCUACAACCCUUGUAUUUAUGUUAUUGCUAAUAAAAAGUUUCGGAGGGCGAUGUGUACCAUGUUCAGAUGUCAGACUCACCAAGCAAUGCCUGAGACAAGCGCUUUACCAAUGGGUGCAUCUCAAAGCCCAUUGGCUUCUGGGUGAAUCUGAAGUGAGAGAAAAGCACACACUAUCCAAACAUUUUUUGUGUGUGCAGUGGUUUUUUCCAGUACUUUAACUUUAUUUUAAAUA